AGGGGGAGAGAGAGGAGCUCCUCCAGCGGACCAGGGAGAGAGAGAGAGGGAGAGAGCGGUGAGGAAUCCCAGCAGCCCCCCCAGGAGAGCGAGAGCCGGACCGGCUGGACCCCCGGAGGAGGACCCGAGAGGGAGCCACGUUGCCACGGGAGAGGCCUCCGUCCAGGGCUGCAGGAUGUUCACUUCAGUGAAGGCCUUCGAGGGGCAGCAGUACUCCACCCUGAAGAGGCAGUGCUUGCAGAGUGGCCUGCUCUUCGAGGACCCCCGCUUCCCCGCCUUCGACGACUCGCUCUUUAUUCACGGCAACAGGAUCGGACGCGUGGUGUGGAAGAGACCUCGGGAGCUGUGUGAGGACCCUCACCUGUUUGUUGAUGGCAUCAGUGCCCACGACCUCCAUCAGGGGCAACUGGGUAACUGCUGGUUCGUGGCGGCGUGCUCCAGUCUGGCGUCCAGAGAGUCACUGUGGCAAAAGGUCAUCCCAGACUGGAAGGAGCAGGAGUGGGACACAGAGAAGCCAGAAUCCUACGCCGGGAUUUUCCACUUCCGCUUCUGGCGCUUUGGCGAGUGGGUGGAUGUGGUGAUUGACGACCGGCUACCGACGGUGGACAACCAGCUGGUCUACUGCCACUCCAACGACAGCAAUGAGUUCUGGAGCGCCCUGGUGGAGAAGGCCUAUGCCAAGGUUUAUGGUUGCUACGAGGCUUUGGACGGGGGAAACACGGCCGACGCUCUGGUGGACUUCACCGGGGGCGUCUCGGAGCCCGUGGACCUGCUGGAGGGUCAGAUGGCGACGGACGAAGUGGCCCGUAACCAGCUGUUUGAACGAGUUCUCAAAGUCCACAACAGGGACGGCCUCAUCAGCUGCUCCAUCAGGGCGACCACGAUCGAGGACAUGGAGGCACGGCUGGACUGCGGCCUGGUCAAAGGCCACGCGUACGCUGUGACCGACGUACGGAAAGUGCGGCUGGGUCACGGACUGCUGGCCUUCUUCAAAUCGGAGAAGCUGCAGAUGAUCCGCAUGAGGAACCCGUGGGGGGAGAAGGAGUGGAGUGGCCCGUGGAGCGACAGUUCGGAGGAGUGGAACAAAGUGAGCAAGAGCGAGCGGGAGAAGCUGGGAGUCACGGUGCAGGACGACGGCGAGUUCUGGAUGACGUUCGACGACUUCUGCCAGUACUUCACCGACUUGAUCCUGUGUCGCCUCAUCAACACGUCCUACUUGAGCAUCCACAAAACCUGGGAGGAGGAGGUGAUGAGGGGCUCCUGGGUCCAUCGCCAGGACCCCCUCCGCAACCGGUCGGGGGGCUGCAUCAAUCACAAGGCCACCUUCCUGCAGAACCCUCAGUAUGUGUUUGAUGUGAAGAAGGUGGAGGAUGAGGUGUUGAUCUGCUUACAGCAAAAAGAAAAGAGAGCAACACCCAAAGAGGGAAAAGGGGAAAACCUCGCCAUUGGCUUCGAUAUUCACCGGGUGGAGCUCAAUCGGAAGUACCGUAUGCACUCGGCCCAGCAGAAAGUAGCGGGCUCCAUCUACAUCAACUCGCGCUGCGUCUUCCUCAGGAAGGAGCUGAAGGAGGGCCGCUACGUCAUCAUCCCCACGACGUUUGACCCGACGCAGCAGGGCGAGUUCCUCCUGCGUGUCUUCACUGAUGUGCCUUCAGACUGCAAAGAGCUGACCCUGGACGACCCUCCUCAGACGUGUUGGACGGGGAUGUGCGGCUACCCUCAGCUGGUCACUCAGGUCCAUGUACUGAACGCCGAGGGGCUGCAGGGGCAGGACUCCAACGGAGCUGUGGAUCCGUACGUGAUCAUCACCUGUGAGGGGGAGAGGGUCCGUUCUCCGGUUCACAAGGACACACGGUGCCCAAACUUUGACAUCAAAGGCCUGUUCUACCGCAAGAAACCUAAAGAGGGCAUCCACAUCGAGAUCUACAACAAGAACAUGAUCGUGGACACCUUCCUGGGUCAGGUCAUCAUGUUCAGCGACCCCAACGAGCGGCAGGAGCAGCUCACGCUUCACCUCCGCGACAAGGGCAACCGCCAGGACAACGACCUCCCGGGCACGCUCACUGUGCGCCUCAUCACCUCCACCACGCUCACCAACAUCUGAUGGGAUCGUUUACAGCGACUAUAAUGAUCGACGCGCAAAGCGGCGUUCGACCGUUCUCUGUCACCGUUCAUCCUCCGAAACCGUCGUGGGAGCUCACUGUGCCGCUUGCGCUCUCUUUGUUUCUCUUAUAGUUUCCCCCCUGUUUUCUUCUUACCAGUGUUUUUUAAAGGCCUAAACCUUUAUCUGCAAAUGGGAGGCGUCCAUAUCUGUGGGUUUGAACACAUUCCUGUCAUUUAUUUAGCGUUCACUUGAGACAUGACAGAUUUUUUAUUUAUUUAUUUUCGCCAGAAUCUCCAUCAAAGUCUGAGCUACAGAUUUUCAAGACAAGGCCUUUUGUUAUCCUGACGGAUUCACUUAAUCCGUCUGAAUCUAAUCUACAAAUAUAUCUUUUCCUUUCUCCUCAACACUCGCGAUGCACAUAAAAUACACGUAUGCAGACGUUCCUGCACUCGCCAUGCAUGUGCCAAUGUUUCCAAGGGCUAUGCAUUGCCUUAAGGCUGAGUCUCUCCACCUUGAGGAGAUUUGAGGGGGUUGUGUUACAUGCUCCUUUACGUUCUCCGUCGGCUUCCCUCCGUGGUAGCACAGCCUCCAUUUGUGACUCUGCAUCCGUCCCACCUCUGUCCUCUUAGUUGUGAUGUCUGUCUCCUGUAUAUCAACAUAUAAUGUAUACUCUUUUAUAUCCGUGUGAUGAUCCCCC